AUGUCCAACUCCUCGUUAUCACCGUCACCGUCCACUCCUAAACUCCCUUCGGAGCUACUCUUCAAAAUCGCCCAAAUACUCGCCAGACUUCAAUCACUGAAAACCCUUUUCAACCUCGCCGUCUCAUCCAAGACCUUUUACCAUAUACUCUCCCCCGUACUCUAUCGAGAAGCCCUCCUCGCGUUGGAUGAUAAUACCGUGAAUACGCUCUACGACUUCUAUCUUCGUCACGAAUUUCACUUCUCUUUCUGCAACGCACCGAAUAAUUCCUACUUAUCAACUAUCAAUUGGGAUCCAAACUAUCUUGCCAUUUCAAAAUCAGCACGAUUAGCUUGGCGUUGUCAAUGGACUCAAACCGUCCGUAUACGGACCUCACCUCACAUCCUGCAAUCUUACCUCAUGACGAAUAUCGCUCGGACACUUUCGAAAGUGGAAUCAUAUCUGUUUCCUCGUUUAACGAAAAUAUCUCUUCGAAGAUCGGCUUCACGUAAAUCGGCAACAUUGCUUCGUCUGCUUGCUUUGAGAAGUGAGAUCGACCAUCUCCUGCUAUUCCUCGGUUCUUCCCACCUCGACAUUCAUUUCCCAUGGUUCAGGGAUUAUCUGGCCUUACAUAAUCCUGUUCAUAUCGACCGUAUGGUUGUCCGAGUCGACAUCAAGAAGAACAAGUGGUAUUUCUACGCAGUAAAGCUGUCACGCGCCACUGGGGACCACCGAGACGUUUCGAAAGAUGACUUCGAAAGAUACUUUGACGCGAACAAGUCUGAUCGGGAUACGCUUCCACGAUUUCACAUUCUUUCCUCUCCUCCGAAAGAUAAGAGACGAUCCACUGUCGCAUCUCUCAAUCACUACUUGAAGGAAAACACCAAUGAGGCUGGAAACUUUGCGAAGAUCUUGACUUUAGGGUCGGUUGAUUUAGAUCCCUGCAUAGUUUUUGACCCAGACAAGCAAAAAGCAAUUAUUUGCCGGAAAAUUAGAAUUGUCAAGAAGGAAGUUGGGCAGUGA